GGCCAUAGCAGUAGUGAGUGGAGAGAGCGAGAGGCAUAACAUAACAUAAGACCACACAAAGCUGUGUUGCGCGUUGAAGAGCGAAGAAGGAAGAAGAUGUCGGGUAUGGGAGAUGGGUACGUGGGCACCGCCCAAGACGCGGUGAGGAUUCGACGGUUGGAGAAGCAGAGAGAAGCGGAGCGUCGCAAAAUCCAAGAGCUGAAAACCAAGUCUGCCUCCGCCAAGGACCAACCCGGUCUUCUCCAAUUCGGUUCCAGCACUUCCGAGAUUCUAGAGACUGCCUUUAAGAAGGAAACUGUGGGUUUGGUCACUAGAGAGCAGUAUGUAGAAAAGAGGGUUAAUAUUCAGAGCAAAAUUGAGGAAGAAGAGAAGGAGAAACUUCAGAAGCAACAACAAGAAGAGGAGGAGCUUCAAUUACAAAAGCGUAAAAAGAGGAAGAUCAGGGGCAAUUCUCGAUUGUCCUUUGCUGAGGAUAUUGACAAUGAACCCCAAGAGGACGAACCACAUCACAAAAACUUUGCUAUGCUUCUAGCAGAUAAUCUGGAGGCAAAUAGAUUACGGUGUGGUAAGCUUGGCAAAGACCCUACUGUUGAAACUAGCUUUCUACCUGACAGUGAGCGAGAGGCUGAGGAGCAAGCUGAGCGUGAAAGGCUGCGCAAACAGUGGCUUCGUGAGCAGGAGCAAAUUCGAAAUGAGCCUCUUGAAAUCACAUACAGCUAUUGGGAUGGAACUGGCCACAGGCGUGUGAUCCAGGUACGCAAGGGUGACAGCAUAGGAGAGUUUCUUCGAGCAGUUCAACAGCAACUUGCUCCUGAAUUCCGAGAGAUUCGAACAACAUCAGUAGAAAAUUUGUUAUACGUGAAAGAAGACCUUAUCAUUCCUCAUCAACAUAGCUUCUAUGAGCUAAUUGUGAACAAAGCUAGAGGCAAAAGUGGACCGCUUUUUCAUUUUGAUGUGCAUGAGGAUGUACGAACAAUUGCUGAUGCCACUAUAGAGAAGGAUGAGUCUCAUGCUGGGAAGGUUGUAGAAAGGCAUUGGUAUGAAAAGAACAAGCAUAUAUUUCCUGCUUCAAGAUGGGAGAUAUAUGAUCCAACGAAGAAAUGGGAACGUUAUACUAUCCACGGGGAUUGAUUUGAGGCUGCCAAAUAAUUUGCAUUAGCAUUUCCUGUAUUGACAUUUAAUUUGGUCAUGCGUUUGUACGCCUUGGUGAUAAUUAUGCUUUUGUUAGCAUUUCCUGUUAUUCAUUACAGACAACAUGGACAAUUAGUCAGAUCUAUAUUACAGUGGAUUUCGUGUCAAAUAAGCUAACUUUAAUCUAUUUA